AUGGCAACUGAACUUGAUCAAGGAUUGUUGAUUGCCUACGCCGCCAUCUGGACGAUGGCCAUCGUUCCAAUCUAUAUUGGAUCAUACAUGUCUUUGAAGGAAACAUCAGCAGAGUCAAUGACCAAGAGCGAUGCAUGGGCAUUCCCAUUGUUUGGAAGUGUCUUUUUGUUUGGAUUGUACUUGUUGUUCAAGUUCUUUGACAAGAAUGUGAUCAAUAUGUUGCUCUCAUACUACUUCUUGGUGUUUGGAGUGUUUGCCUUGACCCAGCUGAUGAGCAAGCUGUUGAGGUACUUGAACGGAGUGAAGAACAAGCGCCCACUGGUUGCCUUCACCAUCCCAUCGAUUCGCUUCAUCACCGACAAGGUCGACGUGAAGAUCGACAUUUACGACAUUGUCACCUUUGCCCUGUCGGCCUCGUUCUCUGUGUGGUACAUCACCACCAAGCACUGGAUCGCCAACAACAUCUUUGGCAUCACAUUCUCCAUCCAGGGUAUCUCGCUGAUUGGCCUGCACGACUACAGCGUCGGCGUCAUCCUGCUCAGCGGUCUGUUCCUGUACGACAUCUUCUGGGUGUUUGGCACUGACGUCAUGGUCACCGUCGCCAAGAGCUUUGACGCUCCAAUCAAGCUGCUGUUCCCCAAGAACAUCUUUGCCGCCGAGUACCAAUUCUCCAUGUUGGGUCUGGGCGACAUUGUCUUGCCAGGCAUCUUCAUUGCCCUCCUCCUCAAGUUUGACAGACACAUCUCUGGCAAGAGCAAGAAGAUGUCCACCACCUACUUUGUCAGCAAUCUUAUCGCCUAUGCACUUGGUCUUGCAACUACCAUCAUUGUCAUGCACACCUUCCAGGCUGCUCAACCUGCUCUGUUAUACCUUGUACCAUUUUGCAUUGGAGGAUCAUUGUUGACUGCUGCCUUCAAGGGACAGGUCUCACAAUUGAUCAACUUCUCUGCCGAAAAGAAUGUCGACACCAAAUCUGUCACCGCCAAGACCAAAUAA